AUGAGUCACGACAAGGAGAUUGCAAGGAAGCUUUUUGUCGAGAUGAAUCAUGAGGCCAUCGACAUUCUGGGAGAUGGUGGCCUGGUGAUCCUCAGCAGCGACAGUGAGGAAGAGGACGUCGAGGAAGAGGAGGUUGACGAGGAGAAGAAGGAGAAGGUGAAGGAUGGACCCGAGGGUAGCGAAUCAUCAUCGAGGAGCUAG